UUCUAUACACGUCAGAAUAUUUUAUUUAAAAUAAUGGAGUCACAUCUUAUUUGUGAGCCCCAUGAUAACAAUUUGAUGCGAGUUUUGCGUCUUAUUCUAAACAAACAGGAGGAUCCAUUUCUUCCAUCUGAGUAUUUAAACGAGAUGAAAAUGAGUUUGGAAGAACGUCUUGAAAGUCUUUCUAAGAAUCGCAAAAACCGGGUUUUGCCCCAACCAAGUCCCUUUCUUGCAACUCCCGACCUGAUUGUUUUCCAAAAUUUCCAACUCGGGAAGUGCCACAGUGCCACUUUGACCCUUCAAAACAAAGAACAAUCUUCCAGAUGCGUCCAGAUUAGUUUUGAACCUACAAUACAUUUCAAACUUUCCCACCCUUCGAAAGUCGUUUGGACCAAAAUAGCCCCCGGUAUGACCUACCAAUUAACAAUUUCUUUCACUUCUGAUGAAUUCAAAGACUACAAACAUGAAAUUACUUUUAUAACAGAAGAAGCACAAUUCACAAUUCCAAUUUUCGCGUUUCGUCCGAGACAUUUAAUCGAUUUUCCUGACGUGAUUAGACUACCAGAUGUUCCCAUAAAUGUGACUAGUGAAAAAAACCUAGUCUUGCAUAAUAGUGGCUUUGAGGGGGGCACUUUUAAUUUAAUUCCAAGCGAGGGUUGUUAUAUGUGCCCCACAAAGGCCUGUCUAGCCCCCGAUGAGAGAAUUUUUGUUAAAAUCAAGCAAAAAACUCGGAUUCAGGGAGUUGAAAAGGGGGAGGUUCUUGUGAAAUUUGACGAUGAUGUGGUGUUGAAAAUCGGAGUUGAAUGCAAUGCGGUUUUGUCAACGAUUGUCUUUGAGAAUAAUUCGAUUAACUUUGAGGAUACAUUUGUGGGACUGCAGCGAUUCGUUAUGGUACCAUUGGAGUACCACGCGAUCGGUUUGGGAUUUUUCAAGUGGAAAAAAUACAAGAAUUGUGAUUUAGAAAAGGAACGAUUGACACAACUGAAAUAUGUUUUCGAGCAAGUCCGGGACUGCGAAACUCACAAAAAUAUGCCACUAACACGGAAAAAUGUCAUAGAUGAUGAAGGACAUGCGUUGGUCUAUAAUCGGAUUUUAAGCGAUGAAAUCGAUGAAGUCCAAGAGGAGGAAUUUUUGUACCAAAGUUCAAAUUUCUCGAUUAUUCCACCGAGCGGUGAGUUGGGGUUGAAUGGUGUCGUAGAUUUCACCAUAAUUUUCUCCCCUACUCGAUGCGAGACUUUCGAAGACUUGGCCUAUUUGGAAAUCUCCGGAAGCGAAGAAAGGAUUGAAUUGAAAUUGCAAGGGACGGGUUUGGGGCCCGAAUUCAGACUGAAUGUGGCUCAUCUCGAAGCAAAUAAUAUUUUUUUGCGUUCUAUCCACGACUAUGAAAUAAUCGUCGCAAAUACGGGCCACAUUCCAGGCUCCCUCAGUUACAUUGACAAAAAACUGGAAUUCGGGGGCAAAAUAAAAUGUAAUCCGGACACUCUCCACGUCAACCCGGACCACUACGCCGCUUUCACCGUCUCUUUCAGUCCAGGAGAAGAAGGAAAAUUCAUCGAAAAAGUCGAAUUCCGCAUUAAUGAGUCCCAAGAAACCAUUCACUUCAUUAUGACAGGCAACGUUGUGGCCCCCCUUUUAAGCCUAGACCUUGACGAAAUAGAUUUCGGGGUAGUGGCCCUGGGUUACAGAAAAUCAAUUGAGGUGGUCCUCCGGAACACAUCACCGGUACCAAUUCAGUACCACAUUGAAGUCAGUGGUGAUGGGUACCAAGCACCCAUAGAUUGUGUCUCCUAUCUGCAGGAAUCCGUAUUUCCACUCUACCCUCAAGAGUUUCAAUUCCAACCCUUUGAUAGUGUAGUGGAACCAAAUUCGAGCGUCGUCGGAAUAUUGACUCUUUUGCCAAACACAAGGAGACAACUCAAAACCGAAUUCGUUGUCCACAUGUGGGGCUCGAAGAAUUACUGUAUUUCGGUGCCCCUAAAAUAUGAUUGUCGGGUGGCCGAUGUUGUGUGUGUGCCCCCAAAAGUCGAUAUAAAGUUUUGCUUUAUUAAUUACAUCUACGACAGAAUUGUAACACUCAAAAAUAAAAGUGAUUUGCCUUGUCAUUUCAGAUUAAUACCGAGUGGAGUUGACGGAAUUAAUUUGUUGUACAUGAAGAACCAAACUGUGUGUUUUCAGAAAGAUGAAGGAUUGAUUGUUGAAGUUACAAUAUCCAAAAACUACAUUCCGCCUUUGGGCGAAGUCAAGAUCAAGUUGAAGAUACAAACUCCCCUUCUAGGGACACAAGAAAUUCCUUUAUUUUUUAACAUAUUUGGCAAAGGGCCGGUUCGCUUAUGUAAAAUUAUUUGUAACGGACAAGGACCAGCGAUUUGUUUUAUUCCCCCAAGUCUCAAUUUUGGAAAAGUCACACUGCUUGAAACAGUAACUAAAGAAAUCGAAAUUGUGAAUGAUACUCCAAUUGUAGCAAUGAUCAAUUUUUCUUUUUCGGGACACAACGCUUUUAGUUUGAAAGAGGAAGUCAAAGUGAUUCGUCCCAACAGCAAGGAAAUUUUCGAAAUUUCAGUCUACUUGAAAAACCCGGGAAAACACUCGCAAGAACUGAUCGCUGAAGUGGUCAACGGGCAAGAAAUGACCGUCGAAUUGUCCGCUUUCGGCGAAGGCACCAGUAUUAGUUGUUCCCCGAAACUAGAACCCAAACUCGACUUGGGAACCCUACUCACCCACAAAAAGUUCUCCUUUCCCAUUGUUUUACGAAACGAAGGUUCCCGCUGGCACAAAUUGUGGUUUUCGAGGAGCGACGACUUGAAAGUUGUGAAGCAAAGCACAAACUCAUCCGCGGGUUUCAGUUCAUGGUUUAAAAUCACACCCAAUUAUUUUCAUCUCAUGACAAACGAGUUUGUGGAAAUCAAGAUUACGGGAUCGAGAAAAGAACAAGGAUAUGUUUGUGAACAUUUUUAUUGUCAUGCUGUUAUCGAAAAGUCGCAUACUAAACAUGUCAUCUUCUCGUUUGACGUUACUGCGAAGUUUGUCGAUCCGAAUGUGAUGCUCAGCAAGUCUGAGCUUAAUUUUAGUCUGGAUGUGACGUCGGAUCGGGUUAUUUGUAAUUUGCGAGACAAAAUCCGAAUCAGCAACGAAUCUGGUUUAACCCUAGACAUAGAUCUUGUGCUCCCACCCCCAUUUUACAUCGUUAUGGAUGACAAAGCAAUCGGGCAUUUAUACCUAAAAUUGAAUCAUUUAUCAUAUAGAAACGUUUUCGUCGAGUUUCAACCACCACCCCACCCCAAACGAUGCAUGAGUUGGAGUGAUUAUUUCUUUAUAAAUUAUCGAGACCACCCCAAAGUGGAAAAAAUCCCAGUCCGUGGAGUCACCAACUAUCCCACAUUAUCAAUAAACCCCAGAAAUGUCGAUUUUGGAUGCGUUCCACUUGGCUCCUCAACGUAUCGUGCAGUAGUCCUAAAAAACACCAGUCCGCUUCCAGUCAUCUUCAAAUGGGUCUUCCUUGAAGAUAUUUACGAACGAAAAUUCGAAAAUUCAAAGAUGCCUUCAACCCCGGAAAUUUCCCGACUUCACAUCUCAAAAAGUGACAAUCCGCCCUCGACCAAACCAAGUGAAGAGUCGCAAGAAAGUACCGAUUCGUGUUUCAUCGAGAGUAAACUCCGGGAUAUGCUUUGUUCGCUCUUGGAAGACCUUCCGGAAGACGAAUCAAAAAAAUCAUUUCUCCGGUUUCUACUCCAGACCAAGUCCCAGUCCAAAUUUUCGCGACUUUUCAGCAUCAUACCCCACGAAGGGUGCCUCGAUCCGGACGAAUUCAUCAUAAUCUACUUCCGGUUCACACCGGAGGACAAUAGUGAGGUCAGCGCCACGGUGCAUUGCCACAUUGUAGGAGGCGCGAACGAACCAGUACUACUAACCGGAAAAUCCAAACAAAUUUCCUAUUUCUUAAAAGACAAUUUAGUUGACUUAGGAAAAUUGUAUUUCUAUGAAGCAGGAGAGAACGAGGCGAGUUUGGUCAACGACGGCGAAGGAACGUUUACUUUUGCGGUUUCGGGUGCCACUUUACCGUCCGGCUGGUUGACCAUCGAACCAGAAAGUGCCUCCAUAUCGCCUGGCGAGACAUUUCCGCUCACUUUGAAGUGUUUUCCGGGGACCGUAGGCCGCUUUGAGACCAGUUUUAAUGUCCAAGCAGACUAUCUAGAGCCGGCGAGUGUGACAGUUUAUGGGUUUGGGGUUUACCCCCAAAUUUAUUUCACUCUGCCCCGACCGGAUUUAGACAAAAUCGACCCGUAUAUCACGUAUUCGGCCAUCGCUGAAUUAGAAAAUGCGAGUCAUAAGUGUGAAUGUGCUGAUGAUUAUUUACCAGAAGCCGAUAGAAAUAUCCUAGAAGACGAAGGGUGGGUCAUUAUCUCCCUUGUCGAUGAUUUUUUCCCUUGUACCAUGGAAAUCGAGCUUUCCAUCGAACGCAUCUGGGCCAAAUACCAUCUCCUAGAUGACCAAAGCAGUAUUCUCGGGAAACUCGUCGCAGGUGAAAAAUUUUGGCCUAUUCCGAAUUUCAUUGUUUGUUCCUAUAUUUACGAUAUGGGGUGUGUGAAAAUCAACACGAAAUCGUUCUAUUCUUUGUGUUAUGUUAAUUACGGUCCUGGAAGAACGGUCUUAAGGACACAGCCUUCGGCAACGUUUGCUAAACACGGGUUUGACUCGCAUUUUGUCAAACAUGUGAUUGAGAAAAAUCGAAUUUCGGAAAUACACUUUUCUUUCAAUCCCACUGUUGAAAAGUAUCCCGAGUUGAAUACGAAAGUGACUGAAUUUAUUUACGUUGAUUUGAGAAACGGACCCCGAAUUCCCCUCCAAUUAGAAGUUUUGGUUGCAACCCCAACUGUUGAAGUGUCAGACGAUGAAGUUGAUUUUGGGUCAAUCAGAUGUGGGGAUUGUUACCGAAAAACAAUCAACAUAAUCAACAAUGGUUAUCUCACUAGUAACUGGACGGCAGUGAUUGAAGAAACGAUCAAAAAAACGAAAACUUCUUUCUUCCUUUUGGUACAAGGAGGGUCACUCGAACCUGGAGAAAAAUUCUAUCUCCGGAUUUACUUCGAACCGCAUUAUGAUGAAUUUAUAAACGCGGAACUCAAAAUCACGGUCGAUGGAAAUUUUAGAGAAACUUUGGUUCAAUUAAAAGGAAUCGGAAUGGAACCAUACUUGGAGAUUUUUGAAGAAAAAAUCAUCUUCGAUCCAAAUAUCCCUUACUCGAAUGACAACCACAAAUAUGUGACUGUGAAAAAUUCGUCCAAAUUUCCGGUAGAAUUCUUCUUCCCGGAUUUUGAUACAAAAAUUUUACAGGAGGAGGCCCUAGUCCGGUCCUUCAUCAUUAGCAAUGGGAUGAGUAAAGUCUAUUUCGACUUUCGAGCCCCUGGGGAAGCCUUGCCCGCCAUGUUUGGGGCCAAUUACGAUUUACUACACGAACCCGAAAUUAAGCUACCAAAAGAAAAAAAUUCGGGGAGAAAAAAAAGCAGAACUCGCGCUUCAUCCGAAUCCUGGGAAACUUCACCAAAAACUGAAAAGCCGCCUCAGGAAAAAGACAGUUCGGUCACAAAUAAUGUCUCCAAAAAAACAAAGCGAGAAAGUCGCCUUCAAAAACAGGAUUUGUGCGAACCUAAAAUCGUCGCAGAUCGGGAACAAACACACGAGGAUCCUUCUGCAAAAGGAUUUUUGAUUGUAUUCCAUGGAGCUCCACUUUCAAACUAUGUCAGAACGGCUCAUGAGACUGGUAAAAGUUUACAACUACCGGUUUAUACACUCGAUCGACUUAUAAUUGAAAGUCUUGUUUCUAAUACUUCAGAAGCUGCAAAGCAAGUCAAUGAAAUGAUUAACGAAGCUUUCGUUGAUGUUGCAGAAGAUGAAGAGCUUGAGAGUCCUCUAAAUGAAGACGGCUAUGAUUUUAUUUCGAGGAAAGUCUCAAUUUUGUUAGAAGGGCGAAAGAAAAGAAAGAAACCGAAAAAACCCAAAAAAGAAAAAAAGAAGAAAGGGUCAGCCAAAAGCUCUAAAAGUAGUAAAAAGUCGAUCAAAAGUAGUAAAAGUGUGAAAAGUUCCAAAAAGAGCAGUAAGAGUAGCAAAAGCAGGAAGUCUAAAAAAUCAUCCUCGAAAAUGUCUUCAAAAAGUGGAAGUACAAAAAGCAAAAAGAAGAAACAAAUCGUUACUGAUACUCUAUUAAAAAUUUCCGAAUUCGUAUUUUGUCAUAUUUUGGAAGAGAGUUUGGCAAAAUUUACUUCCGGAAUAAUUCUGGAAAGCUUGGCAAGUAAUUUUUUGAGAAAGACUUUAGUAGCAUUGAACUGUGUGUUGCGUAUGUCCAAAAACGUGGACGGGGUUUUUUUCGUCAUUUUUUCAUGUACUUUCAACGAAUAUUUAGAGCUGGAAGAUGAAAAAGCAGAAGAAAAGAAAGAAAAUAUUGGAAAGGUUUUGAGCCAAAUUAUAACAAGUUUGGAUGAUAUGAAUGCUGAAGAGUUUGAAAAAGUCAUGAUUGAGCAUCACGAUAUUUAUACAAAUUAUAUUAAGCAACGGAAAGAAGAAAUAAUUAAAAGACGAGAAAUGCUCAAAAAAAGAAAGUUGACCAGGCUGGAAUCUCAAAAUAGUAAAAUUAUGGGCGACGAGAAAAAUAAAAAAUCUAAAACGCAAAUUAAGGAAAUUAAAAAAAAGACUGGUAGUAAGAAAGGAUCAAGUAAAGGUUCGAGUAAAUCAGGCAAGACAAAAAAAUCAGCCAAAUCUUCUGAAAAGUCGAAAAUUUCUAUAAAAUCAAAGAAAAGUAAAAGCUCAUCAAAGAAAAGUAAAACUUCUUCUAAGAAAUCUCGAAAAUCUGGAAAAUCCUCCCGGAAAUCGUCCAAAGAACGCAAAAAGAGAAAGCUCACAAAAGAACAAAUGGAAAUUAAAGCCAUCCUUGACACCUUUGAAAACACGUUAUCCGAAAUUUUGCAUACUUUGGAGUUUUGGGAUGUAAAAAACGGUAAUGUAGUCAAACCAUUCACAAAAGUGGAAAAACAAACAAAGAAUAAGAAAAACAAAAGGAGUAGCAAAAAUUCAGCUCGAAGUUUACUAACUUCAGGAAGUUCACCACGAAGCAGUUUUAGUAAAAUAUCAAGCGAUGAUAUUGGUAUCCCCUGUUGGUUAAUAAACCGAGUUUUGCACGAUUCGAAAUUCGAAGACUUUGUACCGAUUUAUAUGAGAACGACCGUAGACGAAGAAGCGGCCCAUGAGAAGCAAGUGAUAUAUGAAUAUCGAGAAAAUUCCUUGAUGCAAUCGGUUUUGCCGAAACCGAAAAUACGCACGGUGCGAAAAACUGAAGUUUUUCGUAUUAUAGACUGCGAGGACAUUGUUGCCGGGGGUGAUGCUGGGUCUGAAAGUGAAAGUAAUAAGAAAUUGGGAUCUAGGGGAAGUCUUAGUAGCAAAAAACGAAAGUCGAGUAAAAUCAGAAGUUCGUUGACCAUGAACGAAAAUUCUAACGAAAAACAAGAAAUUUUCAAUCCUAGGGCGGUGCUGCAGCCCGGACAAACUAAGAAAUACCAAAUCAGUUUUCUUCCAAAAUCUGUCGGAAAUUACAAACACACAUUCGAAAUCGGGGUUGUAGGUUGGCCUGUGAAAUUUUCGAUCACCUGUAUUGCCGUGUGUGACAUUCCUCGGAUCGAUCUAGACCCGUAUUUCCUUUUCGGGAAAGUGGUCGAAUACCGAACUGAGAGAAAUAAAUACCAACAUUGCAUUUUUGUAAAGAGUACAAACACAUAUGAAUUUGGGGGAAUUUUGCUUCCGAAUGUAGCAACAAAUAGCUCUUUUGAAGCCCGUACCUUUUUCGCUUUGAAUAAUAUAAGCAGAAUUCCUGCAGACAUUCAAUUUUCAAUUCAGAACGACUCUUCGGCAUUUUUGCACAAACCCGACUCGCAUAUAAUCGAUCCGAAAGAUAGGAAAGACUUGGAAAUGAUAGCAGCCCCACUUGAGGAAAAAAUCUACGAAGACUCCCUCGUUUUAUCAAUUAAAAACAAUCCACAAAUUUCGAAAAUCGACUUGUCUUGUUUUGGCUGCGAGGUCGCAAUUGAUGUUAACCCAAAACAUGUUCUUUUUGAAAGAGUCACUCUUGAAAUUUCUUUGACUAAAAAUAUAAUCAUCACGAAUAAUACCCCAAUUGAGGUCACUUGGUAUUUUGUGAAUUGUCACAAAGUUUUAGAAAAUUUCAAAAUUAGUAAUUUCGGCGGAAAAAUUCCGCCGUUUUCGUUUCGAACUUCAACUGUUGAAUUUACAGCAAAGGAGAUGGAAGUCCAUUAUUCCAGCUUUCAAGUCAAUAUUUAUGACAAUUUGUCUCGAUUAGUUUAUUGUACUGAUGUCAUGGUCUCGGCUGAAAUAACAGCGCUUGACUUCAGUUAUGACAAUGAGCUUAAUUAUGGCGAAAUAAAAGGGGGAAAAUCCCACAAAAUCCAUUUCAAUAUCAUGAAUAAGGGUCGAUACGAAAUCCUGUGCACCUUUACGAAAAUUGUUGAGGACAAUAAAGAACAAGAAAGCGAACGGAAAUGCUUCGAGAUUCACCCUUCGGAAUGCAAACUCUUAUCAAACGUGAAAUUUGAAGCUGAGAUUAUUUUCACUCCGAAAAAGGUUAUGACUCUUGAGAAGCUUCCAGUGUUCAAAUGUUCCCUCAUCGACCCAUUUCAUCAAGUCCUUCUGAAAUCUUUUGAUAUCUACGUUUCAGCGAAAGUCUUCCUUUCGAAAUUUAUCAUGUGUCCUUAUCCAGAAAUUUAUUUCGGUUACCAAACUGUGGGCUCAGAAAGAAUACACACUUUCCAAAUUUUAAAUAAAGGCAAGUUUGAUUUUAACUACACAAUCAAAAGUUUGCACGAAAAAGGAGAUAAGAAGAAGAAAGGCAAAAAGGGGAAAAAAUCAAAAAGUGGUUCAAAAAGUACCAAAAGUUCGAAAAAGACAAAAAAAACAAAAAGUACCAAGUCGAAAAAGAGCAGCAAAAAAUCAAAGUCGAGUAAGAAAUCAAAGACGAGUAAGAAAUCAAAAUCUAGUAAGAAAUCAAAAUCUAGCAAGAAAAGUGAUAAAAAGAAAAAAGUGAAAAAAACGACUUUGAAAUUCGGGAUUUUCUCCCUGACCUCCUCCACAGGGGUCGUCGACCCGAACGACGAAGCAAUCAUUGAGGUCCACUCCAAACCAACCGAAGCCAAAGAAUACGAAGAAACCAUUUUAGUCUCUGUGAGCGAACCAUCCCCCAGCGACCGCCACGGCAAGGUGCUCAAAGUCCACGUAAUCGCUUGCGAACCCAAAAUCAAUUUCGAUGAUUUGUCGACGAUUUUCAAAGAACAAUACGUUGUGGAAAAACUUGAUGAUUUCCUACUCUCCGGAAACACCGAUAAUCGGGUGACUUUCUCCAAAUCGGAGAAAAAGCUCUACUUUAGUAAAGUGUGUGUCAAUACAACUGAGACCACAAGAAUACGAAUUCAAAAUAUAGGACACGUUUCAGCCCUUGUCACUGCCAAGUUUAACCAAUCCGGACACGUAUUUACGGUCACUCCGGGAUCGUUCUCGAUUGAUCCCUAUCAAACGGCAAAUGUUUUGAUUGUUUUUACCCCAAAUUCGCUCGAUGAACAUCGAUCAGUGCUGACAUUCGAAAGUCGCGGUUUUAACAUCGUCGAUCGAUUGGUGAUCGAAGUCGUGGGAGAGGCUUGCGUCCCGGAAGUGGCUCUCCUGGAACCGGAACCGGAUGAAACCGGAUUUUACGCGACAAAUUUCGUCCCGACUUUAGUUGGCGAAAGCUCAUACCGGAGUGUGGUUUUCAAGAAUGUUGGAAUUAUUUCGUGCAAAGCGAUAAUCGAAGUGUGCUUCGACGAUGACGAUCAAUUAAGUUUGAUACCAAAUGAGAAAACUUUACCUUACUUGAACUUGUGGGAGGCGGGAACACCGAUGAGACACACGAAUUUGGUCGAUCUGGAGUGCCAGCAAGUGGCGAAGUUUCGUCUCAAAUUCCAACCUUCAAAAGUAGGAACUUGGAAAUUGGAAGUUAAGAUUCACACAGUCAAUAAUCCGUUCGAGACAAAAACUAUUCACGUUUUUUGCGAUGGGUACUACAAAGAUGUGACUCUGGAUGGACUCAGGAGUUACUCCAGGAGCUCCUCGAUUGUGUCCUUGGAAACGGUUCCAGCUCUGGGCUACUCACUAGAAUUCGGUUAUGUGCCCCUAAACACUAUAGAAAAGAAAUGUUUCCUAAUUCGAAACAAUUCCGAUACUUGCACUUACAAGUUCGAAUUUCCGGCUUUCAGCGAAGUGAUUUUUUCACCAGCUGUGGGUCACAUAAGGCCCAAAACUAACAAACAAAUUCUAGCUGUAUUUCUCUCGAAAAAUCCCGUCGAACUUAACGAGUCAAGGAUCGAAUGCAGAGUUUACAAAAUCGAGUAUUUGGAACCUCAAACGGCCCUUUUGUCUUGGGACGACCGCCAGAAUUUGGUAGUCUGGUGUCCCGAAACGGUCCAAAGCGAUCACAUUUUCGACAACAAAAGUGAAUUAUCGGCGAGUAUUGAAAGCAAAGAAGGUUCUGUUUUGGCUACAAAUGACGAUAAUGCAAUCAGUGCAAAGAAAAUCGAAGAAAAUCCGGAACCGGAAAUUCGGGUUAUGCCAAACUCGUUCCAAAAUAUCGCACUUUUCGUCAGUGUGGUAGCAGAUUUUGCCGACUUUUUAUGCAACGCUACUGAAAUUGAAAUUUCGGAUACAUUCCUUUUGAAUAAAAAUUCGGUCGAUUUUGGGGUUGAAAAUAUCGGUAAAGUAGCCUUUAAGGUAGCUUGGGACGUGUCCAUGCAUGAUGUUCCUCGACGAAUUAACUCCGGAAGUUUCAACGAUUCUGAAGUUAAUUUUUUGCCAGCAAUAGCAAGUCGAAAACCGACACCUUUAUCCGGCAAAGAGCAUUUUAUACACGAAGAAAAAGGUCGAGCUUCCUCAGCUUCGACUUUAUUCAGUUGUGAAAGCUUGAAAUCAAAUCGGAGUGGCGACUCUUGGAACGAAUUUUAUUCUUUACCCUUCACUGUAACCCCGGAAAAAGCUACAAUUAAACCAGACUCGAAGCACACAUUUACAGUCACUUUUGCCCCCCUUGAUGUUUUCGAUUAUGUCAUCCAGUUGAAAAGCUGCAUAGAAAAUAAAGAACCAAAAGCUAAAGAAAUUGAAAUCGAGGUCAAAGCUCGGAGUAUCCUCCCUGUCUAUUGCUUUGAAAUGGAAGAAAGCAAUUAUAUUGAAGAGAAACGCAGGGGGAAGAAAAUGUGCAAUGAUCUCCUCGAUGAAAAUACCAAAGUUUUGGAAUUUGAGUCGGUCGGUUUGGGAAUUAUUUGUACAAAAAAAUUCUUGUUGAAAAACCCAACAAAAGAAGCUUUCUUCUACACGUGGACUCCCGGCCACGCCAUUAACCCUCACUUAUCUUGCUUCCACUGUCACACCCAAAACGGAGUCGUCUCCAGAGGCAAAACAGUGGAAAUGGUUUUCAGUUUCAUCCCCCAGGAGUGUGGAACUUUUGAGGAAUUUUAUUUUUUCGCAAUUCCGCUUCACAACAUUCAGGUCACUUUCCUCCUCGUAGGAUUUGCAAGAGAACCUAGAGUUUAUUUCGACCAAAAUCAUUUAGUUUUACCCCCGACUUUGGUUGGAGUCGACGUACACAAAAGUCUGUUAUUGAAAAAUGAAGAGAACGAGAAAUAUUGGUUCAAGUUUGGGAAAUUUUCGAUGCUGACGGAAGGUCUUCUUGUAGAGCCCCUAAAUGGGGUUUUGUGCCACCAGGAACAACUCCCGAUAAGGUUUUCCUUAAAGCCCAAAAAGCAAGGUUUGGUCAAUUUCGACUUUAAGAUUUUCGUGGAAAGAAUUAGAAAUCCGCUCGAGGUGAGUAUUUCGUGUCAGGUUUACAAAGUCGAAGCUUCAAUCUCUUACGUGGACCAAAACGGCAAAGAAAUGCAUCUCAGUUCGGAGAAAAUAAAUGUCAUAAACAUGGGAGCAAUGAUUCCUCACCAAAAGUACAAARUUCCAUUCACUAUAAUAAACAUCGGCAAAACGGCUUUUGAAUGGUAYUGGUCGCUACACACMCAGAAAAUUUCUGGUCUGUUCGACAUAAUUCUUGAAACAAAUGGUGAAAUUUUACCGUCUGGUGAAACACUGAAGACUGAAAUGACAAUCAUUCCUUUGAUACAAUGUAGCAUAAAACCACAUAAAAUAGUUUUGAGGAUCGCUUAUGGCCCUUCGUACUGUCUCCAAUUAAACGGAAGUGCCGGAAAGCCCCCGUUUAAAUUAUCAUUUACUGAAUAUGACUUUGGUCCCUGCUUACUGCAGAAAUCGGCAACAAAAUAUUACAAGACUGUUCUCAAAUUUUCGAAUCUUAAUAUUUGGCCCAUGACUUCUGAGAAAGGCAAACAUUCGGUUCAUUUAUCUACAAAUUUUGAAUCUGGAGAAGUUGGUUCUAGGGAGGAAAAUCUUGUCACAAUCUAUUUCCAUCCCCUCAUAUUGGGGGAUCACAAUAUUGAAUUGCCCUUCUACGUGAAUGGGAAAAAAACUCAUGUGACCAUUAUGGGCAAAGCAGUGCCUCUUAAAUUGGCUUUUGUCAAUCAAAUUGAUAAGUUUGUUGAUUUUGGUUCGGUUCUUGUUGGAAAAACUUGUACAAAAACUGUUCGAGUUCUAAACGAGAGUGAAUGUCCUGUAAAUAUUUUAUUUAAUUUUUGGGACCGACUUCCCAAAAAAGCGACAAAAGAAACACCCGAUGAAAGUCUAGAAAUACCCGAAGAAGAGAAGAAGGAACAUARAAAAGGAAAUAAAAAAGGGAGCAAAAAGGGAAGCAAAAAAGGAAGUAAAGGUAGUAAGAAAAAGAAAGGGAGUAAAUCUACAAAAAGUUCGAAGAGCAAAAAGGAAAGCGUAAAAACAAAAGCUAGCAAAAAAAGUAAAAAAUCGAAAAAAACAAAAAAGAGUAAAAGUAGCAAAAGUAGUAAAGGCAGUAAGAAAUCAAAAAAGACCAAGAAUAUUCUCCCCGAGGAAACAUUACCUGAAAAAAUCGAAAAACACGGCAUCGAUUACAUGACCGUAAAUCCUCAAAAAUACAUCAAGUUGGGUCCCCAAAAAACAACCGAAUUCACAAUUACGUUUAGUCCAAAAGAACGUGUUGAACCUUUUGUUGAAAAAAUUUAUUAUCGCACUCAGAAUUACAUCGAUGCCUUUUGUAUGGUUAAAGGGGAUGCCGUAGCCCCGGAAAUUUCAUUAGAUAGGCAACAUUUGACCUUUGGCAACGUUGUUGUUAAUUUUGAACGAAUGAUGAACGUCGUUUUGAAAAAUACGGGAGAUGUAAACUUAAAAUUCAACUGGGUGCUGGAUAAAAGAGAAGAAAAUUUCUCAAUUACUCCGACAAAAGGCUACAUUUUGGCCGGCACACACCUGAUUUUCAGUGUUUUUUUCAAACCGAAAACUGUCAAAUGUUGGAUCAAAUCGAAACUAAUUUGUCACAUUUCAAGCAUCGAUAAACAAUUAGAGUUGGCCGUUUCCGGGUCUUGUAUCAAUCUGCCRCCYCCAAAAGCGACGAUUCAGUUUGUUUGCCCRGUUCGCCAGUCGGAAAUUAAAAGUUUCGCAAUUUCAAAUCCGUACAAUUUUUAUUUUAUUUCGAGCAAAYAWYAAUUUUUAAUUACAGGACAAAUCAAGUGUGGGAAAUUCAGCCCAACAUWUCCGGUGAUGAUUGYUUCAAAACWGCCGAAAUAAUCCGGAUKCCGGCCAAAAGUGACGAUAAAUGUGAAAUUGUGUACUCUCCAAUGAGAUUGCAGGAUCACAACGCCCUACUUUCGCUCCCUAUGCCCGAUGGCUUAAUUGUGACUUACAAUCUAAAGGGAAACACAAAUCCUCCGCUUCCUGCUGGACAAAUAAGGCGUGAAAUCCUUUGUAAAGUGCCACAUGUUGAACAGCUACCUGUCAAUAAUUGGUUAUUAGUGAAACAACAGUACCAUAUUACGACGGCAUUGAUUGGUCGUAUCACUCCCAAAAAUUUGUUUUCGAUUGGAGGAAACGCCCUAAUAGACGUUCCUCCAAACAGUACACGAAUGUACGAUUGGAGUAUCACUCCAAUAAAUGAAGGAGAAUUAAAUUUGAAAGUCACUUUCACAAACAAAGCCACUAAGGAGUAUCUCUUUUACGAAAUUUUUCUAAAAGUUCUCCCCAAYAAACACUUAGAUUCGAUCGAGUUGUCGACUUGUGCCCGAAUUCCGGUCAGUAAGUUAAUAAAAUUGGAAAAUCCGGUUAAUGUUCCUGUKKUGUAUCGCAUGAYGUGUCCCAAAGACAACAUUCUUUUCGAGAAAAGUGUCACUUUGGAGCCUCAUUCUGUGUAUUAUCUGGAACUCACCUACAAACCUCUACGAGAAGAACAAACACAAACAACUUUCGAAGCCACUAGCAAAGAAUUAGGAACUUAUUCAUAUAAUUUAAUUUUGACAGUUCAUGCCCCAGUGCCCGAAUCUGCCACCAUUUUUAAGACUUGUUUGGGACAAAAAAUAACACAAAAGAUAGAAGUAGUUGCGACGAAAGGAUGUCAUUUCCAAUUUGAUAACCCUGUUUUUUCAUUGGAUAAAGUUACAGAAGACAGAAAACUUGCAAUUAAUUUCGAACCAAAUCAAAUCGGAAAGUUCCAAAGCCAAUUGCUUUUAAAAUCAAACGAAUUGGGGGACUUUAUUUAUCCUCUAAUUGGUGAAAGUUGCGCACCGAAACCUCAAGGACCCUACCUUUUAGCUUACACAAAUCCGGUUUCAAUCAUUUUCAAAAAUCCAUUUUCAGAAGAGAAAAUGUUUCAUUUUCGAGCCGAACCAAGCGAUUUUAGAGUUAAACUAAAAAGUGAAAUUAUUGAGUCUAAAAAGACACUGAAAGUUGCCGUUAAUUUGAUAACACAAAGGACACAAGAAACGCCCAAGUAUCCCAUAACGGGAAAAUUGACAAUUUACUGUAAUGAUCCAGAUAUUUCGUGGGUUUAUUACUUAAAAGAGGACAUUGAAUAAAUGGUUUGGU